GAACAGAUAAGAGAUAUCUUUGUCAGUGUCACCAUGAGUGAAUCAUCAUUGUUGACAAUAGUGCACAGAUGACGGUAUUGAUGAUUAAAUUCAUCUAUUUGCUUUCAUUUGAGUGCAGUGCGGUAGCACAACGAACGGCGUAGUGGUGAGCAACGAUCCAGUGGGUAUGGAUUGCAUGCCCCUCCGGCCAGGACCAUUUCACUACUUGAUAAGUGAGCAGGCAAAGUCCCUGGUUGCCCUCCAGGAGCUGCAGAAUGAGGUCGGUGCAUUACUCGAGUUUCGGGACCUCGUUAUCGAGACAUUCCCAAACCUCAGGCACAAGAUGGCUGUGUCGUCGACGACCUCGGUCUCAGGCUCCGUGAUGUCCUCGUCAAAUCAGUCCACCCACAUACCAUUGCCAUUGUCAUCACCAUCGUCGCGGAGAAUCGGCGAGUGGGAGCCGGGAAAGGUGAGAAGGAGGAUAGCACCAAGAGAUGGUGAUACCUCGGCAUCAUCAUUACCAAGAAGUAGAAGUAAUUCGCACAGUGGUGGCAGUAAGAACAGCGCCACAGUCCAGGACUCUGGAUUUAGCACUGAGACAUCAUCCAAGGACAGCGCAUCAACGGCGAUACCCCGUCCAGCAUCACCCAAGCCCGUUCUCGACGAGGCUGAGGACGAACUGUGGAAUCUGUUAGACGUAAUCCACCGGAAAGGGAUAAGACUUCGAGAAGAGGUUGAAUCCCUUCAGGGACGAUUGGAGAGUGUAGCUCCUGAUGAAUUAGCUCUCUCCGAUGAUGUUCUGGCGGCUGUGAAAAAAGUGGCGGACAAUGAAGACUUAUCCAGGGACGAUAAUCUCUAUGCGGAUGGGCAGGAAGUCACUCUACUCAGGAGAGAGAAGGAACAAUUGCUCGAUAAAGUUGCAGAACUCGAAGCCGAGACCAUUUCCAGCAGAGCGCGAGCACAAGAGCUCCAGGUGGAACUUGCAGCUCUUUCUGCUAUUAAGAGUGGACUUGAGGAUAGGCUCAGGGUGGGUUUGGAUGGUGAUCCAGAGAUUCUAGUUCCUUCAGCGCAGAGGAAACCUGUGGGGAUUGUCACUUCCUCUCCUCUUGCCUCACCCAAAAAUUCGAUUAAUAUUAGGAGUAAGUCCUCUGCGUUCGCUUCGGUUGGCUCCAAAGCGCAUAAGAAUCGGUUUAGGACGAGAACCAUUGAGAAGAAUGUACUUGCUAAUGGGGCGGUCCUAUCUACUGGUUCUGGUGAGGAUGUUGAUCAUGAAGCUGCUGUUCAGGCUAGACGAAUCCGACUGGGAGCCCUUGAUUCGGUUCUGGUGUCACCUACCAGGAUAGCUCAUGUUAGGAAUGUCGAUUCGGAGAAAAUUGCUGCAAUUCUCAGGGAACAAUCUCCUCUCGAGCUGCAAAGACAUCUUAUUACUACUACCGUCCAUAAUCAGUGCCUACAAGACAGACUACACGAGGUGAAAAAGAGUACUGAAACCCUCUCAGACUGCCUAGACAAAGUGCGAGAGGAAAACGACGAGCUUCGCUACCAGCUAGAGGAGAGAAACAUCGAAUUGGAAGGAACUCGUGCCCGGGUGCGAGUUCUUGAAAAACAGCAACAGCGUCCCUCGACUGAACCACUCCACGAGGCUGAAUUCUCGGAAACAGAACCCAGAUGUGAACAAAGCUGCUUAGAGCCAGGAAGCAGUACGGAAUCAGCACGAGAUCAUCAUCAGACACUCGAAGUGAAACCCUCCCCCAGACGACGUCCACCAAGCAGAAUUCCCUUACCUGGAUCCAAACCAACAGCACCAAAACCUCCCACCAAAAGUGACAGUCGUGAAUCCCUCAAGACAUCCCUAAAAUCCCUAACAAAACCUCCAAGAGACUCUAGUCGUGAGAGCACCAAUGACAGACCAAAAUCAUCGCUGACUAAAACUCGAGACUCGAGUCGUGAAUCACUGAAUAAGAGUCUCCCAAAGACUGGAAAGGACACGAGUAGAGAAUCCCUCAACAAAUCAUUGCCCAGGAAUAAUUCAAAUCGUGAUUCACUCAACAAAUCAUCACUCUCACGUGCCAGAGACUCACUAGAAACGAAUAAUCAUCAUUAUCAAGGGGUUAAUAAUAAUUAUCAGGGGAAUAAUCAUCAGGGAAUGAUAAUGAAAAGUGGUACUUUACCGAGAAGACCAGUUGCACCAGCAAGACGAUCUCACAGUUUAGCAAGGGCCUCUGUUGACACUGACACUACCGGAAAGGCCCUCACCGAUCCCCCGACCUCCUGGUGUUCAUCAACUAGUUUUCGUCACAGUGAGUCAUCCCUAUAUCCAGACUCAUUGAAUCAAGAUACAUCAAUCAACGACUCAACGAGAAUCGAAUUCAUCAUUGGCUCACCAACGAGAAGAUUUCGUCCUCCAUCCUGGCAAAAUUCCUACUUUGAUAGUAUUGAUUCAUCAGCAAUGGCAGCUGAGAGUCUUUCCACCGGUGAAUUUCCACUGAGAGGUGGUGAAGCACUUGCCGAGUGCGAUUCACUCGAGUGCCAUCCCAUUUCCAGCGAAGAAUAAAACAUUAAACAAUGAAAUUCCAACAAAUUAAAUUAUCUCGCAAUUAGUACUCGACCUUAAACAUCAUUUAAUUUGCUUCAACAAAUUUGAGAACUUCCGAAGACAGUCUUGAAUUUACCAUCAAUCAUUUUUAUUGAUUAUAUUGUUUAACAAAAUUACAAUAAUGUUAACAAUUUGACACGUGGGAGGGCUCAAAAUUAUCAUCGAUGUUAUUCAAUUGAAUUUUGCACUUCUAUGAUAAAUCGAAAUAGAAAAGAACGAAACUGAAAUGUUGACAUUUCUUCUCUCAUCAUCUCCCUCACAAUCGAAUAAUAAAGACUCAAUCAAGAAUCAGUUUGCCUCGCAAACUUUGAAUUCCUUGAUCACGAACUGGCCUAGAAAUAAAGUCCAAUUCACUCAGUCUGAAUCCACGUGCAUUUUGUAAUUUAGUCCAUAAACAUCACGUAAAAUCUGUUUCUAUUUCAAUCAGGCUGUGUCUGUCUGUGCUUAGUUAAAUAUUUUGUAAUUAGAUUAAAUUAUGAAUAAUGAUGUAGGUGGCACUUGUAAUACCUUGUAAAUAUUAUUUUGAUUUUCAUCUAAAUGUGCAUAGCAACCGGUGGAGAGUAUCAGGAAUCAUUGAUUCAUUCCAUUGAUGCACAUGUUUUGUCAGGAGAUAAUGCAAUUUAUUGCAUUCCAAUGAGCAUUUGUGAUUUAUUAUCUCAUUAUUAUUUAUUAUCAAUUCUUUAGUCUGUAUGGAUUGUUCGGUUUGUGACACUCAUGUGCAAUUUUUUGUUACAUUGUAUGAACUGCGAAUCUAUUUCCGAGAUUAAUUGGUGAAGUCUGAAUAUUUGGGAGUGUCUUGUACAUAUCAGAGAAAGUAUACAAUGUCAGGAUGAAGUUAGAAAUAACUGGGUUUGAACCGAAUCAUUAUUUAAUGUAUUCUUCUUCAUCUGUGAAGAAGAUAGAUAUUAUUUUUACGCGUAGGAUCAUUCCAGAGUCAAGGUCGAAUGUUAAAAAGUUAUUUACUCCAGUUAAUCAGAAAAAUCAUGUGAAUUAUCUCCGAUGAUGAGUGAGUUCCACUGGAAGUUCUUUUUUAAUAUCUCGAAAUUCGUUUGAGAUAGGAAACUUUUUGUGGCAACAUUUUUUGUAUUUUUCUUUUUGCGAAUCAAAAUGUCGAAGAAGUUUUUUUUUUAUCAACUGAGGAAUGAAGACAUGAGGGAAAAACUGAGAAUGUAAAAUUGAAUAAUUUCAGAAUUUAUGGAAUAUCACAGAGGAUUCGCCUGUGAUCUAGUUUAUAAUCAAUGAUGACUGUGCAUACAGUUUGAUUAAAUCUCAUGACGACUCUCAAAGACAAGUGAAAUUUAGUUGAUCCAAAUGAAAUUAAAACAGGAUAAUUAUUAAUUAUAAAAACAGAGAUUAUGAAAAUUGACUGGAGACUCGUCUGACAUUUCUUCAAGCAUCGGUACGUGUAAACAUGGUCACUAACUUGUGAUUAACAUAGAUAAGCUAAUAGGACUGACAGGACAUUACUUAUUACGUUAGUGCCUGAUGUAUGUUUUUGUGAAGAAACAUUUUUGCAAUAAGUGGAGAUGAAAUGGCGUGGAAUGAAAUUGACAGAAUGCCAUGAAAAUCCGGUGAUUACACGAAGAAUUAAUAAAUUCAUGAGACAAGGAGCGUAACUUCUGGUCAAUAUGUCAUUCUCCUCUAUUUUUAUUUCACUCGAUUUUGUUGUGCUAGAGUGACUCGUACCGAUGACUCUGGUAUUUGCAAACUAAAUUCUGGAUUGAAGUGGAAAAAAUGAGAUGAGAGCCAAAAUUUUGUUGAUCACUUUGAAAAUAUCUCGAGCGCUAAAUAUUCAGAAGAAAAAAAUUCAUUUAAAUCCACUAGAUCUCCAGAUAUUCUCAAAAUAAUGUCAAUAGAAAUAAUCCGUAUUCAUCUCGGGUUGUGCACCACUUCACACCUAAAUCCAUAAAUGUAUCAAAAUUUUUUUGAUUUCGUUUUACUCAUGUGAUGAAUGAAAUGAACGGAGAUGUGGAAAAUAUGCUCAGAUAUUGUAAUUACGACGCCUGUCACUGGAGACUAUUAUUUUUAUACGAAUAUAAUUGCAGUGAAAUGAAAUAAGAAAUUAUUCAACCCGUUUUACACGAUUUUUUGUUGAACUAAAAACGUCCGAAAUUUGUUUAUUUAAUAUCGUAGAAUUUUGAGGACUACACUCCAGUUGUGUGUGAUUAAGUAAAUGCUGAGAGAAAAAUGUUAAAAUAGUACCAUUACUAAGGCGGCCCUUAUCAUUGUAAAAUGACAGCUACCGAUUUCACUAGUACAAAUCAUGCCUGUAAAUACAGAAAUUUUCUCAUUAAAAAAUCAUUGAAAUUUCA